AGAGAGAGAGAGAGAGAGAGAGAGCCAUUAGAAAGAGUUGGAGGACUGUCUGGUCUUGGGACUUUUCUCAACGCACUGUUAAGGGAUUUCAGAUCAGGAGAGGGAGAGGCAGAGACCGGGAGAACACACUAGUGUGCUAGGCUGCGCUCCUUGUUUGUUCCCCCCUACCACACGCAUGGCUACAUAAGGUUGCAACAGCUUUACCCUGCCUUUAUAUAACUUUUUAUCCGGUUUGGAGAAAAACAUUUUUUUUUUAAGAUGGACCGGUGGAAAAGCAAACUGGCUGCUUUUUGCAGAAGAAUAUCGCUGCUCAUCAUUUUACUGCAAGCAGGCACGACAACUACAAGAGCGGCAAACCCCAUCGAUGUGUUGAAAGUCCUGGAUAUUUCAGAUUCCAUGGAGGGGGUGGUUCUGGAUGCAGGACUGUGCGUGAGCAGGAAAGGUGGAGAAGAACCAGACAUCGCCUUCAGGAUAUCAAAGAAAAUCCAGCUGAGCGCACCGACAAAGCAGUUAUUUCCAGACCGCCCGUUCCCCGUGGACUUCUCUUUGAUGACGACGGUCAAGGCAAAGAAGGGCGCCCAGUUCUUCCUGCUGUCGGUCUACGACGAUCAGGGGGUGCAGCAGCUGGGGCUGGAGAUCGGACGCUCCCCUGUCUUCCUGUACGAGGACCAGGACGGCAAGCCACCCCCCGAGGAUUACCCCAUCUUCAAGAAGACCAACCUCGCAGACGGAAAGUGGCACCGUGUAGCUCUCAGUGUGGAAGGCCAGACCAUCACGAUGUACCUGGAUUGUAAAAAGUAUCAGACUCAUGAUUUGCUGAGAGGAGACAGUCCUGUUAUCAGCACUGACGGUGUGACUGUGUUUGGCACCAGGCUGCUGGACGAGGAAGUAUUUGAGGGAGAUAUUCAGCAGCUGUUGAUUCUAGAGGACCCCAAGGCAGCUGCUGAAUACUGUGAGCACUACAUUCCUGACUGUGAUGCCGCCCUGCCCUACACCCUACAGGCAGAGGACCCCGAACCAGAGCUUUACUCGCUGAAGGGGCUACAAGAAGCCCCCGUCAACCAAAAACAGAAAAAAGACAAAAAAAAGAGAAAAGACAAAAAAGACAAAAAAGAAAAAAGGUUGUCUUCUAAAAACAAGAGGGACAAGUCCUCUCAGACAAAAAACAAGAAAGAGGGUAGAAAGAAAAAACAAGUGCCGGGACCUGAAGAAGAAAUAGAGGCACUGUUGCUGGCUGAAACGCUGCUUGAACCAAGAGUAGGGUCCCUUAUAGCGACUACAGCGCUGCCUGAAAAGAUGCUAGAGGUCCUUGUGGAGGUUACAGCAUUUCCUGAACCGACAAAAGAUGCCUAUGGAGUGGCUACACCAUUGCCUGAACUGACAGUUGAUGAGGCCCUUGAGGUGGCUACAUUGCUGCCUGAACCGAUGCAGGAUGUCCUUGGCGUAGCUACAUUGUUGCCCAAACUGGCAGUUGACGAGGCCCUUGAGGUGGCUACAUCGCUGCCUGAACCGAUGCAGGAUGUCCUUGGCGUAGCUACAUUGUUGCCCAAACUGGCAGUUGACGAGGCCCUUGAGGUGGCUACAUCGCUGCCUGAACCGAUGCAGGAUGUCCUUGGCGUAGCUACAUUGUUGCCCGAACUGGCAGUUGACGAGGCCCUUGAGGUGGCUACAUCGCUGCCUGAACUAAUGCAGGAUGUCCUUGGCGUAGCUACAUUGUUGCCCGAACUGGCAGUUGACGAGGCCCUUGAGGUGGCUACAUCGCUGCCUGAGCCGAUCAAGGAUGUCCUUGGCGUAGCUACAUUGUUGCCCGAACUGGCAGUUGACGAGGCCAUUGAGGUGGCUACAUCACUGCCUGAUCCAAUACAAGAGACCCUUGUGGUGGCUACGUUGCAGCCCGAAGCGACGAUAAUCCCAGUUUCUGGGGAAGAGGAUGAGGAGAAACCCAAAAGACCAAAGGCGGAGGAGCUAGAGGAAGACUACUUCUACAGCGAGUACGAUAAAAUCCCUGUGUCCACAGUGACAGCAGGACCCAACGUCACUGAGCUGGAGGCGUUUGAGUACGAGGAGGUGGGGCCUGAGGACCAGGACAGUACCUAUGAGGUGAAGGAGUACGAGGUGAACGAAUAUGAGGAGUAUGAAGAGGGCGAGUACGAGGAUCGCUACGGGCCUGUGGAGCGAGAGGAAGCGGAGACCAGAGAUUAUGACGAGACAAAAAGAACAUCUGAGAAGGGAGAAAAGGGAGAGCCAGCAGUUAUUGAACCGGGAAUGCUGGUACCGGGACCUCCUGGCCCCCAAGGCCCCCGGGGGGAACCUGGCACCUCGGGACCAAUGGGGUACCCCGGCUUACCUGGAGACACUGGAGACUUUGGACCUGCUGGACGCCCAGGCCUUUCUGGGGCUGAUGGGAUACCAGGUCCUCCAGGGACCAUGCUGAUGUUACCAUUCCAGUAUGGAAACGAUGGUCAGAAGGGUCCGGUAAUCUCUGCUCAAGAGGCUCAGGCUCAGGCUAUUCUCCAGCAGACCAAGCUUUCUCUGAAAGGACCUCCAGGGCCGCUGGGGAUGACUGGAAGACAGGGACCUCUGGGUCUACCUGGAGCUUCCGGUCAGAAAGGAGACUCAGGUGACAUGGGACCCCAGGGUCCAAAGGGAAUUCCGGGUCCAAUCGGAAUGCCAGGGAAAGUUGGGAAGAGGGGGCGGGCAGGGACCGACGGGAUCAGAGGUGUGCCUGGAGAGGUGGGGGGUAAGGGCGACAGAGGCUUUGACGGUCUUCCAGGUCUCCCAGGGGAUAAAGGACACAGUGGAGAACUUGGAAAGCCAGGAUUUCAUGGCCCUGUCGGGGAGCCUGGCGAGAGGGGACCUGAUGGACCUGCAGGACCAAGAGGCUUGGCUGGUGAACCGGGUAUCCGUGGUUUAGUUGGACCCCGAGGAUCUGCAGGCCCCCCUGGACAGCCCGGGAUUCGCGGAGUGGACGGAGUUCAAGGACCUAAAGGAAACUUGGGACCUCUAGGUGAGCCUGGCCCCUCUGGGCAGCAAGGAAAUCCCGGAGAACAGGGUCUUCCUGGUCCACAGGGUCCUAUUGGAAUGCCUGGUGAAAAGGGUCCCGUUGGAAAAGCAGGUCUGCCCGGACUUUCAGGGUCAGAUGGUCCUCCGGGUCACCCAGGAAGAGAAGGACCACCAGGAGAGAAAGGGGUUUUUGGUCCCCUUGGAGCCCAGGGUCCGAUUGGCUACCCCGGAACUCGUGGAGUUAAGGGUGCCAAUGGAGUCCGAGGCCUCAAAGGAAACAAAGGUGAAAAGGGUGAAGAUGGCUUCCCAGGGUUCAAAGGUGACAUGGGGCUGAAAGGAGACGGAGGCGACGUCGGAGUGAUGGGAUCCCGUGGAGAGGACGGUCCCGAGGGUCUAAAGGGUCAAAGUGGGCCGACCGGUGAGGCUGGGUCAGCCGGUUCCGCUGGAGAGAAGGGUAAACUCGGAGUGCCCGGACUUCCAGGCUAUCCCGGGAGACAGGGACCCAAGGGCUCAGUUGGGUUUGUAGGAUCUGUAGGUCUUCUUGGAGAAAAGGGCAAAAGGGGAGCGGCUGGAGAGUCUGGGACUGCUGGACAGAGAGGUCCAACAGGUGCCCGAGGCGGGAGAGGACAGAAGGGACCAACUGGGAAACCAGGGAUGAAGGGCACUGCUGGCAAUGAGGGGCCAGCUGGCUCUCCUGGCGAUAAGGGGCCUCAAGGGCCACAGGGGCCAAAUGGGACACCAGGACCUAAAGGGCCAAAUGGUCUUUCUGGAAAAGAUGGGAUCCCAGGGCAUCCUGGACAGAGGGGUGAACCGGGUUUCCAAGGUAAAACUGGCCCUCCAGGACCCAUGGGAGUAGUUGGACCGCAGGGCAAAUCAGGAGAGAUUGGGCCGAUGGGCGAGAGAGGACACCCUGGGUCCCCAGGACCCCCUGGAGAGCAGGGACUGCCAGGAUCAGCGGGAAAGGAAGGGUACAAGGGAGAUCCUGGCCCGCAUGGAAUUCCUGGGAAAAACGGUCCGGCAGGCCUGAGAGGUUUUCAAGGAAGAAGCGGAAUCGCGGGCACCAUGGGUCCUCAUGGUCUGAAGGGAGGAGAGGGCCCCCCUGGUUCUUCUGGGCUACUUGGUGCGGCAGGGGAGAGAGGACCCCCAGGACCUGCGGGAGGAAUCGGCUUGCCUGGUCGUCCCGGCAGCACAGGCCCACCUGGACCAAUGGGAGAGAAAGGCUCUCCGGGGGAGAAAGGUCCAAUGGGCCCGGUCGGGCAGGACGGCACUCAGGGGCCGAUGGGUCUUCUUGGGGUGGCUGGACCUCAGGGGCCUCCUGGAGAAGAUGGAGACAAGGGUGAAACUGGAGGCCCUGGGCAGAAAGGAAGUAAAGGAGACAAGGGAGAAUUGGGCCCACCCGGACCCGCUGGCAAUCAAGGCCCUAUCGGACACAUGGGACCCCGGGGAACCGACGGAGACCCAGGACCCAGGGGGCAGCAGGGAAUGUACGGGCCCAAGGGGGAUGAAGGAGCCCGGGGCUUCAGUGGAGUUGCAGGCCCCACUGGACUGCAGGGUUUGCCAGGUCCACCAGGAGAGAAGGGGGAGAGCGGGCAUGUUGGCUUGAUGGGUCCUCCUGGUCAGGCUGGCCCCAGAGGGCCCAUCGGGUCUAACGGAGGGGAGGGCCCCUCUGGAAUGCCUGGAGGUGUUGGACAACCUGGUUUAGUUGGAGAAAAGGGUGAAGAUGGUGAAGCUGGGUAUCCAGGUCCAAGUGGAAAGUCAGGCCGUGCUGGCCCUAAAGGAGACGUCGGAGAGAAGGGGGACACUGGCCCCCCUGGUGCUGCUGGGCCCCCAGGAGUAAAGGGCCCCCCUGGCGAAGAUGGAUCCAAAGGCAACCCCGGUCCAAUUGGAUUUCCAGGAGACUCUGGCUCCCCAGGAGAAGCUGGGAUCAAUGGUAUCGACGGAGAAGCUGGAGACAAGGGAGAUGAUGGCAAGCCUGGCAACCCUGGCCCACCAGGAGCCUCAGGGGAACCUGGACCGCCUGGCCCACCUGGGAAGAAGGGACCUCUUGGAGCUGCUGGUAAAGAAGGGAAUCAGGGACAGAAGGGAGCCAAGGGGGCGUCAGGAGCCGAGGGUCCUGUAGGGAAGACUGGUCCAGUCGGGGCUCAGGGACAUCCGGGCAAGCCUGGACUGCAGGGAAUGAGGGGCAUCCCGGGGCCCGCUGGAGAACAAGGUCUAAAUGGACCGCCUGGACAAAGUGGACCUCCCGGACCGUCGGGCCCUCCCGGCCUGCCUGGUCUGAAAGGGGAUGUCGGAAGGAAAGGUGACAAGGGCCAUGCUGGCUUGAUCGGGCUGAUCGGAACUCCUGGAGAGCAGGGGGAGAAGGGAGACCGGGGGAUGCCCGGGAACCAGGGAGCACAGGGACCCAAAGGAGACGGGGGUGUGGUCGGUCCCCUUGGCCCCCUCGGUCCCCCGGGACCUCCAGGUCUACCAGGUCCACUUGGUCAGAAGGGAUCUAAAGGAGAAUCCGGAGCCACUGGUCAGAGAGGAGACACAGGCCCACUCGGACCCCCGGGACCUCCUGGCCCCCCGGCUGAGAUGAUUGAGCCCCUGCCAGUCCAGGGCAGAGGGAAGAGGAGACGGCACUCGGAGACCGUGCAGGGGGACCAGCCCGAGGACGUGAGCGACACCGCGGACGGCAUGGAGGAGGUCUUUGCCUCCCUCAACUCCAUGAAGUCGGAGGUGGAGCAGAUGAGGAAGCCUAUGGGCACCUUUGAGAGCCCUGCCCGCACCUGCAAGGAGCUGCACAUGUGCCAGCCCCACUUCAGAGACGGAGAUUACUGGAUUGAUCCAAACCAAGGAUGUCACAGAGAUUCCUUCAAGGUGUUCUGCAACUUCACUGCGGAAGGAGAAACCUGUCUCUUCCCAGACAAGAAAUCGGAAGCUGUUAAGCUCGCCGCCUGGAACAAAGAGAAGCAAGGAAGCUGGUUUAGUGAUUUUAAACGUGGUAAAAAGUUCUACUACAUUGACUCAGACGGGAAUCCAGUCCAGGUGGUCCAGAUGACCUUCCUGAAACUGCUGAGCGCCACGGCACGCCAAACCUUCACCUACAACUGCCAGAAAUCCGCCGGCUGGUAUGACUCUACCUCCAACAGCUACGACAAAUCCCUGCGUUUCCUGGGGGCCAACGAUGAGGAGCUGUCCUACACCAAGACACCCUUCAUCAGUGCACUCUACGACGGCUGUGAGUCACGGAAAAGUAACGAAAAAACAAUUCUCGAAAUCGACUCUCUGAAAGUGGAGGUGCUUCCCAUCAAAGACGUGGCGGUUUCAGACUUUGGGCAGUCGAGCCAGAAGUUUGGGUUUGAGGUCGGGCCCGUGUGCUUCAACGGCUAAACCGAAGAAAAGGAAAAGAAACUGAAAAAAACAAAAAGACUGUUCCGUUCCGCGAUUGCCUCAAGCAAUACAGUAUUUAUAUAUCGAUAUUUUUAUUUUAUCUGUAAAUCUGUGGUGGGUUUGUGUUUUUUUUUUUUAAUUCCCAAAUACAAAAGAUGUCAACCCAGCGAGGUUGUUGUCAUGUGACUUGAAACAACCAACAAGAACCAAGCUUCCUUAAAUCCGUGACUUGAAGAAAUGAUGUGAUUGUCCGCUUCCAUGUGAUCUAAAAGCCUUCAUUAAAGGGAAACUCAAACAGACGCCAUUGGACCAUGUUAACUGCUUAUUCCAUGUAGAAGUUUUUUUAGGUUUUUUUGGGAAAUUAAUAGUGUAAACUUUACUAUGGAGCAAAUGCUUUUUGUGUGUUUAAGAUACAUCCAGAGGGUUACACACUGUACAUAACUAUUUCAAACGUUUGUGUUGCAAUGCAAUCCCUGCACAGAUUUCAUACGCAGCUUGGGUGAACCACAGAAUCGAGCAAUCCGAUUGGCCCAGGUGUCUAGGGUGUAUUAUCCAAUCAGGUAUUGAAGCGAUUCCAAUUCUGCAAGCUGGUACCGUCGCUGAAUGUGACUACUUCAGCACGGGGCUCCUGUUUUUUUUUUAAAAAAGGGAAAUUGUAGUUUCAUGUUGCUUAAUGGUUCUGUUUGUACUGUACUUUUAAUAUCACAUUGUUAAUUUUUUGAGGGAUUUGUAAUUUUUCCUCAACAAUGGUGCUAAAAUAUAUUUUUUUGAGAAAAUAACGUAAGAGCAUUGGAACAAGAGCGUGCUUAUUUUUAUUUAAUUUUUUUUGUAUUUUAUUUUAUUAAAGCCAGCCGGAAGAGGAGGUUCAAAAGAAGUGAACUCAGAAAUACCACAAUCCUCUUCUCCUUCGGUUUUCUUUGACACUGUUCUUUGUCAAUUGAGAAAGCCAUGUUGGAACUUACCUCAAAGUGCUUUACCCUACCAAUGUUAUCGUUGCUUCACCAAUCAUGCAUUCAUUAGCCUAUGUAUGUACAUAGUUAUUAAUAUUGUGCUGGCUUUAUUAAAUAUCGUAUUUGCAUUUCAUUUGAUACCGUAUGUGUGACGCAGUCUAUGGUUGGGCUACUGAAUUUGUUGUAGACUACUAAUUUCCAAAGUUGCAGUAGCCCAUCUAAGUGCAGGACCAUGCCAUGGCAAGCUCACUGUCUCCCAUAGACCCUGUUGUUGAUGCAACAAUCAUUAAAUACAAUGGAAGCUUUGUACAUAAUAAUAUUAACUGCUCUGCCAUUCAGUCAGUGCAUGGGGCAAGCACUGCUGUUUUUGGAUAGGUCAGUUUCCUUGCUUUAUUUGAUAUAUUGAGAUUUGUUACUGUAAUGUGCCUUUUAACUAUCUGCACUGAAGAGGUGAAACUAUUCAUUGAUGCAGAACCUGGGUUCAUGACCCGUUAUGAAAAAUGCAUAACCACUGUGCAGCUUCCUCGCGUCUUGAAUAAUGAAUUUAUGAGACACUUGAUAAAUGCAAAGGUGCUUAUUGAGGUGCUACUGUUGGAUUGAAAUAUCCUUGAAUAAACUGUUAAAAGGCUUAUUGCACAUCUUGAUAUGUGUCGUGUUGUGAGCUGCAGAAGAUGAUGUCUGUGAUCAUAAGGCACUGUUCCACUUCUAUUCAUAGCUCAGCCCAGCUCUCCCACUUCUCUGUGUUUGCUUUCCAUUGUAUAGCGUAUCUGUGGUACCAAUUUUAUAUACUGUACAGUGCUUCGUUUAAAGCCGUCGCUUGAAUAAAAACAUGUAUUUGUACAAAAUUUAAAUAAAAAUAAUCUUUAUUAAAA